GUGUGAUAAGAAACAGAAAAAUCGGCGGGAACUUUCUGCCAGGUGAACGACUUAGUCAAAGCGGAGAAACCGACCGAACCGUUUUAAUUAUUCUCCUUUCCCCUCGUGGGCUACUCUCUCUUUGGUCUCUUUUCUUUCUCUUCCCUACUCCUCAGAGGCAAUUCUUUCCUUUUUUUCUUCUUCGCUUCUCAUUUAUCCACAAUGGCCGAUACUGCACCUGCGGAGCGGGUUAAGCCCACCAAGCCCGAUGAGGAGGCCUACAAGGCCAGCUUGGCUCAGGCUGAGAAGGAACACACUGCUGCUCAGGAGAAAUUGAACCAAAUCAAGGCCAAGUUGGACGGCGCCAAGCCCAACAACCAGGACUCGCCCGUCGUCAAAAAGCAGCAGGAACUCCGCGCCGAACUCUCCUCCAUCCGCCAGAAGCAGGCCGGCUUCAAGACCUCUCGGUCCAGCAUCCAGGAGAAGAUCAAUGGUCUUGAGUCGACCCUGAAGGCCCGCAUUGCUGAGCAGAACAACUCACGUGGCAAGAUGUCAUUCAAGAACGUCGAGGAGAUCGACCGGGAGAUCGCCCGUCUCGAGAAGCAGGUCGACUCUGGUACCCUGAAGUUGGUGGAUGAGCGCAAGGCCCUUUCCGAUAUCUCCCAGUUGCGCAAACAGCGCAAGGGCUUUGCCGGUCUCGAGGACGCUCAGAAGGGAAUCAACGAGUUGAAGGCGCAGAUCCAGGAGCUCCGCAAGAGCAUGGACAACCCCGAGGCUAAGGCCCUGGGUGACAAGUACGGUGAGAUCCAAAAGGAGCUGGAUGCCAUCAAGGCCGAGCAGGACGGUGUCUACAAGAACCUGAACGCUCUCCGCGACGAGCGCACCAAGCUGCGUAACGACCAGCAGAAGAAGUACACCGCUAUCCGUGAGAUUAAGGACAACUACUUCAAGGCUCGUCGUGCCUACAAGGAGUACGAGGAUGAGGCAUGGCGUGUGCGCCGUGAGCGUCAGAAGGCCGAGCGUGACGCCUUUGAGCGUGAGAAGCGCAAGAAGGUCGCCGACAAGAAGCUCGAGGAGGCUUCCAACCUCGCCUACGUCGAUGAGAUCCUGACCGCUCAGGGUCUCAUCCGUCACUUCGACCCCGCUUACAACUUCGCCGCGCUUGGCCUGGAUAACAAGAAGGAUGAGGGUAGCAACUUCCGUGCCGGUGUUGGCCGCACUGUUGACGACUCCGCCAUCAAGGGUAUGAAGGUCGUGCGCAAGGACGAUGAGGAGGACUACUUUGUUGGCAGUGGUGGCAAGAAGGGCAAGAAGGGUGGCAAGAAGGGUGCCGCUCCCGAGGCCUCCAAGUUCAACAUGAACGUUGGUAUCAUUGAGGAGUUCAGCAAGGUCAAGAUCGACCCUCCCAUGAACCAGUCCGACGUUCCCGCUGCUAUCGAGAAGCUGGCCGCCAAGAUCACCGAGUGGAAGAGCACCCAGGCCAGCAAGACCGAGGAGAACAUUAAGAAGGCCAAGGAGGAGAUCGCUCGCCUUGAGGAGGAGGAGACCAAGUCCGAGGAGAAGGCCAACGGCCGCAGCACUGACGCCGCCAAGAAGGUCGCAAAGGCUAACGGUGCCCCCACUGCCGAGGCCGAGCUGACCCAGGAGCAGGAUGCCGUUGCCGAUGCAUCGGAGGAGCUUCAGAAGGCCUCCAUCGAGGACCAAGCAUAGUCCUCUGUGAAUUUCAUUGCUUAUAUUUUGUUUAUCGGGCUUAUUUGCCCCUCGCAUAUUGCAGUCUAGCAUUGUGCCUAGCAUUUUCCCAUUUUCUCUUUGGCUCAUGUGCAUUUAAUUCCGCGUUGGUACAUUGGACAGCGUCCAUUCCGUUUCCCAAAAGCCAGAAUUGAUAUCUCCUUUCUCCCGGUUGA